GCUCGGGACGAGGAUGUGAGGGACGAUUUCCAGUCGUUUCACCUGCGACGUCCAGAGUCUCGAAACCUCCUCGGUAUCCCGGAUUCUUCCCCGUUUAACGUUUACUCAUGGGCAAAAAUGGCCGAAUUAUUAUUUCUCCACUCUCCACGCGGGACACCCUGUAUGAGGCGACGUGAUUCCACGCGUUUCGGGAUUCUAAUAUUAGCGGCUUAUUCAGUUAAACGAGAAAUAGGUUUUCCGUAAUUCGCGGCAAGACGCGCAGCUGCUGUGAAAAUUGGACAGCUUAGUAAUGAUUUUGUAGCAUCUGGUGAGUAAGCCGGGACAAGAUUCGCGUCAGUGUGUUGUGUCGUAGCCGCCUCUUAUUAUAGCGAGCCGGUGCGGAAAAGCGACAAUUAAGGACUUGAACGCUGGAUCGCGCGUUUUUGACAUCGUGAUGGAUUCUUCCGUCCUUCCACUAAUAUACGAUCGCGCGCCGCGAUUCGUUCCGCGCAGUGCGUGGCGAUUAACAGCGGUUAAUCGCCCGGAACUUCUUGCUUCCUUGCAACCUUGAUCUCACGCAAGAUGCGACGAUCGCGAAAUCCUCCCCGAUACGAAGGAAGUGUACUAACAACUCACAGUAAAGUCUGUCAGAGGAAGACCAACCAUGUCGGGGUUAUUUGAGCAGAUCAAACUGCUGUACGAUCAGACAUUAUACUCCAAUGUGAUUUCCCUGACAAACCUGGUGCUCUCCCUCAGCGAGCAUAAUGCCGACUUGCUUCCCGGCUACAGCAAGUUCCACGUGUACGUCUAUUAUGCAGAUGCUCAUUUUCACUUGGGCAAAUACCGCAGGGCAGAGACUCUAUACAAAAAAGCCCUACAGUUCCGCAAGUGCCUGCUCAAGUCGAAGGGCACGGGGAAGCCCCUGUUGGACGGACAGAAAGAUCUGCCAACGGAUGUCAAUAUCAAAUACCAGAUUCAUCUGUGCCUGGUGAAGUCUAAGAACCUGCAGGAAGCGCUGCAAGUGCUGCAAAGUAUACCUGGCAAACAGCGAACUGCCAAGGUAAACAUGGCGUUGGCCAAGAUGUUCCACGAGCAAGGAAUGGAGCGGUCCGCUAUUACCACGUAUAAAGAAGUUCUGAAGGAGUGUCCGAUGGCUCUGGAGGCAGCCGAGGGGCUUCUUUCCUUAGGGGUGAAAGGUACAGAAGUUAACUCACUGAUCGUUAGCUCUGGCUCGAUAAACUUGGAGUGGCUGAACUCAUGGAUCAAGGCACACGCUCAUAUUCACAAUAGGGAGUAUACACACGCCGUGUCGACAUUGCGUUCAUUAGACAACGUAGUUCUGCUCAGAGACAAUUUCAAUCUACUGACGAUUAUGGGUGAAUGUUACUAUUACGCUGGCGACGACAAAAAUGCCCUCCUGUGCUUGAGACGUGCUCGGGUUAUCGAACCGGACAUAACCAAGGGAGUGGACGUGUACGCUGCUGUGCUGUACAAUAUGCAGCAUUACAAAGAGCUGGAACGGCUGAUACCGGCGAUAAAUGUGGACAACGAAUGCACCGGCGAGAUCUACGUGGCCAUGGCGUACUCCCUGUACGCGGCUAGGAAAUUCAGCAGGGCUUACACUCUCACCGCCCAGGCGUUGAAUCUGAAUCCGAACGAUAUAGAGGCCACCAUACUGCGCGGCAACAUCCUCAUCGAGCAGAAGAAGUACCAGGACGCGUUAUUCUUCUUCAGGCACGCGGCGCAACAGAAGCCUUACAGAUUCGAGCCGCACAAGGGCCUCGUGGACUGCCUGGUCGGGAUGCACAGGCUACGGGAGGCCCUGAAUAUCGCCAGCACCUCUUGCAAGCAGCUGGGACAUACCGCCAGAGUCCUGACGUUGUACGCGUCCGUGCUCAUGAAGGACCCUGUGUCUGUGAGCAAGGCCAAGAAUUUGCUUGAAAAGGCGCUGUCUCAGGAUGAGGUCUACUUAACCGCGGUGUUCCACCUCGCGGAAAUAUACGAGCAAGAGAUGAACUUGGAAGCCGCUAUCGAGUUGCUCGAGAGGCAGGUGGAGAUCCAGUCCACCUGCAGGCUUCACCAAACCUUGGGAGAUCUGUGGGCGAGGGUACACAACGAGGAGAAGGCUUUGGACCAUUACGCCAUAGCUUUGAACUUGGAUCCGAGCAACAGAAGGGCUCUGGAGGGGAUGCACAGGCUCGACAAUUCCUCUAGCAAAUUGGACUCCGCUUACUACAUGUCCGUUGGUGAAGAGCAAGCCGAUACGAGCUACGAUGUCGGCGACGGCUUGCCGGACACUGACAACGACGAAGCGCCCGAGGAGAGCGAGACUGAAGCCAUUUGGUCGGACAUGGACUUGGAAGCGAACAGCCAGUAAUCGUCACUAUCCUAUAGAAACCAAUAAUAGUCAGUGAUGGUCGACGGACCUUUCGGCUUCUAGACUAAUAUCAAUCGCGGCCAAUUUCUUGGAGAAGAGGAUCCUUGAGGGAAUAAGCCAUAGCGAUGACACGCGAGACUGACUGCGACGAUUUGCAAUUAGAGCGUUUACAUUAUUUGUUAAGAAAAUCAUGUAUAAUUAUCAUUUUUAUUUAUCGAAGAUAAUAAGAUUUGUUUCGCAAUCGA